GCAGCUGAUUACACCACAACAUGGUGGCAUGUUGCGUCGUCUGCACAUUUCGGCUGCCUUUGAUGUGUCUGUUUUGUCAUCAAUAAGGCUUGUAUCAAUAUUCUAAAGUCAAAGACUGCUCCAUAAACGUUAAUACGUCACACACAAGCUAAUCGUGAUUUUCUAAAAUGGCUGCUAGUGGAGAAGUCGGUGAGAAAGCUGAUGAAAUCGCCCCCCUCCCACCCGACUUGGAGCCGGAACAAGCUCGGGCGGCGGGGUUUGUGAUUGUUGGAGGCGGAAUUGCGGGCGUUACUUGUGCUGAACAGUUGUCAGCGUUGUCCCCAGAUGACCCCAUCACGCUGCUGUCAGCCUCUCCUCUCAUCAAGUCUGUCACCAACUUCAGACAGGUUGGUCGGGCCAUGGAGGAGUUUGAUGUUGAAGAGACAACGACCGAUGCUCUUCAGAAAGCCUGUCCUAAUGUCAGAGUAGUGCACACACUGGUCAAGUCACUGGACACAGACAAACAUGAGGUGUACACAGAAGAUGGGCAGACAUUUCCUUACACCAAAUUGUGUAUCUGUACAGGAGGCCAGCCAAAACUCAUCACUAAGGACAAUCUUCAUGUCAUAGGGAUCAGGGACACAGAGACUGUACAGCACUUUCAGCAGAAGUUGUCCAAUGCCAGAAGAGUUGUUAUCGUGGGAAAUGGUGGCAUUGCACUUGAGCUGGUCUAUGAGAUUGAGGGGUGUGAAGUCAUCUGGGCGAUCAAAGAUGACUCCAUCGGAAACACUUUCUUCGACAGAGGAGCGGCCGAGUUCUUCCUGCCUCACCUGACAGCAGCCAAAUGUGAAGAAAAAAAGCCACUCAAGAGGCUAAAAUACACCCACACAGAGCCGUCUGUUGCCAGUCCAAAGAGAGAAGAUGCAGCAAUGGGAGGUGCUCUUGGACCAGACUGGAAGGAAGGAUGGAGAAUGAAAGGGAAACAGGACCAGUCUGCCCACCAAGUCCAUGUGGAGUACCAGUGUGAGGUGCAAGAGGUCCUCACUAGAGAAGAGUUCACCAGAACAGGUCAAGCCGCUGAAAACUUCCCUGGGAGUUCAAGAACAGAGGAACACAACGAUGAUUGGCCAGUCUAUGUACUGUUGACCAAUAAGAGACUGUAUGGCUGUGACUUUGUAGUCAGUGCUACUGGUGUGGUUCCUUCUACUGGCCCCUUCCUCCACAAUGCACAGUUUUCUGUGUCACCAGACGGGGGGUUGAGAGUGGAUGAUCACAUGCACACCUCAGUCCCUGAUGUCUUCGCAGCUGGUGACGUCUGCACGGCAUCAUGGGAACCUGCACCACAGUGGUUUCAGAUGAGGCUGUGGUCCCAGGCUAGACAGAUGGGCUCCUAUGCUGCCAAGUGUAUGGUGGCAGACAGAGACAGGGAGGAGAUAGACAUGGACUUCUGCUUUGAACUCUUCGCACAUGUUACUAAAUUCUUCAACUACAAGGUGGUCUUGUUAGGAAGAUAUAAUGCACAGGGACUGGGGAAAGAUCACGAGCUGCUACUCAGGUGUACAAAAGGACUGGAGUAUGUGAAGGUGGUACUGCAGGGUGGGAGGAUGCAGGGGGCAGUACUGAUCGGGGACACAGACCUGGAGGAAACCUUUGAGAACCUCAUCAUUAACGGGAUGGACCUCAGUCCCUUCGGAGAGGACUUACUCGACCCUAACAUUGACAUAGAGGACUAUUUUGACUAGAAAUAUUCUCACAAACUGUCCUGUGUUCCGUCCAUUGUUCACUGCCUUAUGAUGGCUAAAUGUAUGAGCAAAUGUACUACUGUUUUAUGGAUUAUUUAUUGGCUUACAAGGUGCAAAAAAACAUGUAAUCAUGUGUUAAAUCAUGUUUUGAAGUUAAAGAUUUUGUGACACAAGACUAAUAAUUGUUGACAAAAGAUAAAGUCUUUACCGCAUGUUUAAAAAUCCAAAACCAACGCAUUAUUGUCCAUUUAUCUAUUUUCAAGAUAUAUUUUACAAGUACGAUAUAUCAGACCCUUUAACUUACAUUAUAACAGCUCAGAAAAUAUACAGAUUCUUACAGAACUUCACUACAUGUAGGUAACUUGUUAUCAUUAAUCAUCAUCAUCAUCAUGCACACCCCAGUCCUAUCAUCCUUACAGAACUUGUUAUCAAUCUGUCGUAUACAUAUCUUUU